AUGGCCCACCGCAGCGGCGACUGGCCGCCCGCGCUACGCGAGCUGGCCAGCCAUGCCUUUGGCGCAUGCACCGACGCGAAUCGCGCGGCGGUGAGCAACGAGCUCAAGGCUCUCAUCUUCCAGGCCGUGCAGGACGGCUCCCUGCACACCAAGGACUGGCGCCGCGUGCGCCUGGCGAGCCUCGAGCCCAAGGGCAAGCGCCGCGCGCACGACCGGCAGACCGUCUCGUCUCCGCUGGGCAACGUGCGCGAGGAAGCGGCGCGCCGCGAGAAGCGCCAGCGGCGCUUCGAGGCCGAGCAGGCCGCGUUCGAGCGCGAGCAGGCGGCGGACAUGCACUCGGCGCUCGCGUCGACCAGCUUGGCCGGGCGCCUGCUCGGCCCCGCGGCGCCGACGCCGCCGCGCUCGCGCGGCGCGACGCCCGACCCCAACGUCGUCGACUGGGACGAGUACACGGUCGUGGGCACGUCGACGAAGCUCGAGAAGCCGUACCUGCGCCUCACAUCCGCGCCGGACCCCAAGACGGUGCGCCCGCUCGCGACGCUGCGCGAGACGCUCGCGCUGCUCAAGCGCAGGUGGGCGCAGGACGGGAACUACGCGUACAUCUGCGACCAGUUCAAGAGCAUGCGGCAGGACCUGACCGUCCAGCGCAUCAAGAACGAGUUCACCGUGCAGGUCUACGAGACGCACGCGCGCAUCGCCCUCGACCGCGGCGACCUCGGCGAGUACAACCAGUGCCAGUCGCAGCUGCGCUCGCUCUACGCCCUCGGCCUCCCCGGCGCGGUGCACGAGUUCCUCGCGUACCGCAUCCUGUACCUGCUGCACACGCGGCACCAGCGCGACGUACACGCACUCAUGGCCGAAAUGUCGCAGGACGACAAGGCGGCACCGGCCGUGCGCCAUGCCCUGCAGGUGCGCGCGGCCUUGCGCGCCGGGAACUACGCGGCGUUCUUCCAGCUGUACCACGCCGCGCCCAACAUGAACGCGCGCGUCAUGGACCACUUUGUCGAUCGCGAGCGCGUGCACGCCCUUCUGAUCCUCGCACGCACGAUGCGCCCGUCGUGCGCGCUCGCCUUCGUCGCCAGGCAGCUCGGCUGGGACACGGCCACGGGCGCCCACGACUUUCUCCAGUCGAUGGGCGCCGCGGUCUACGUAGGCUCCGCCCCCCUCGACGAGGCCCAGUGGGACACCAAGAACGCCCAGGAGGCGCUCACGCACGCCGCCGACAGGUUCCGCAAGGUCGACAUCAAGGGCCAGCUCUCGUAG